AAAAGCAAUUUCCCAAAUUAAUCUCACAAGCCACCACCACAACAACAAAAAAAAAUUUAAACCACCGUGUGCUGUCGCAAUGGGCAGAACCACCACCCAAAUUCCGAUGAGCCACCGUGUCUUGUCGCCAAAACACGACACCGGAGACGACCACCGUGAUCAACCACCGGUUCAAUUAUCUGGUUCGAUAUUCGGGUUUCUUGAGGAAGAAGCAACCGUGUUAUCAUCAUUAGAAAAUGAGGUGUACGACAUUCAGCAAGAUAUCGAAAACGACGACGUAUGUGAAAAGGCUGAAGAUUCUGAUGACAAGAUUAAAUUCUGGGAGACCCAACGUGAGAAUUUACAUACAACGUUGUUUAGGACGACAAGUUUAGAAGCAAAAAUCCGAAAUGCCACAAAAGAUGCACUAGGGGAGAUUGAGGUGGCCGGGCAUGUAUGUUCUUGCUCGAGACCGGUUUCUGGUGGUUGUCGGAGUUGCAAGAUGGGUGAAAUUUGUAGCCGCUUGCGAAAUUCGGGUUUUGAUUCGGCUAUUUGCAAGUCCAAAUGGAAGAGCUCGUCGGAUAUUCCUUCGGGUGAACACACAUUUUUGGAUGUUAUCGAUAGCUCCAACCGUAAGAAAGGUGCGGUGAGGGUGAUCGUUGAGUUAGAGUUACGUGGUCAAUUUGAGAUGAAAAAGGGGAGUAAUGAGUAUAACAGUCUAGUUUGCAAGCUUCCCGAAGUAUUCAUCGGAAAGUCUGACAGAUUACAGACUGUUAUAAAAAUACUGAGUGUUUGUGCGAAAAGAUGCAUGAGAGAGAAGAAAAUGCAUUUGGGGCCAUGGAGAAAACAAGAAUACAUGCAAGCUAAGUGGCUUAGAGUGACGGAACGAACUACCGCCACCACCGCAAUAUCACCGGCAUUAGCGGUGGACGUUUGUCAUACUCGACCAACAAGGGUUAGAGCGUCGAUGUUGACUAUGGAUCUUCGUGACGACUUGCCGAACAUGUCUUAUUUAUAUGCUCAUGUUGUUGAAGUUUUGUAGAAAGUGUUGUAUAAAUGUAACCUUGUUACAUAUUUUUGAAUAUAGUCCAUUGUCAAACCCCCACCGUACCACUAGUAUUUACCUCCUCACACCAAUCAUCAAUCACAACAUUAGGUCACGGUGUAGGGCCACCUUUGCACAACUCUUUCAAUAUCUCCCAACAUCAAUCAAUAACCAUAAUCACAAUUGAUCCCCAACAACCUUAUCAUCAAAAUUCAAGCCCACAACACAAAACUCCAAGAAAGUAGGAAUAAGCCCACAACCCAAAACUCCAAGAAAGUAGGAAUAAGAAUAAGAAUUGGAAAGGGAUAUAUAUAUAUAUAUAUAUAUAUAUAUAUAUAUGAACGGCUUACAAUUGGAAAGGGAUAUGUGGUGAAGAUUUACAAGAAUAGAGGUUUGGUGACGGUGAUCUCGGUUGUUGGAGGUUGCCGAAGAUGCAAAUGACGGUGGUUAUAAGAGCGAACUCUAAGAUCAAGAAAGUAGCUGGAAUAAGAACUGGAGAUGUAUAUGUGGUGAAGAUUAACAAGAAUAGUGGUUUUGCGAUGCUCGUUGACGAGAGAUGGUGGUUUCGGUUGCCCAAGAUGCAGAUGACAGUGGUUAUAAAAGUGAAUUCUAAGAUUAGGGCUCCUUUCGUGUUAUUAUUAUGAUAUUUUCUUUGAUCCUAACACAUGGGAAUAUGAUAUACAUUUUUUAUAUGA